UUCCCUGCUGAGAGAAUGGUUUAGGCUAUGGGAUCGGUGCGAUCUAUAUUGCCCCAUGAAAUUCCUGGGCUCGUUAGAAAGUUAUUGGGUCACCGUUCACACGGGUCACACUGGCAUGGCAUGCACGGUGACAGCACUCUCCCGUCCGCAAGGUGAAAAUGUUAAGCAAACUAUAUGUAAAAGCAAACAAAGCGGCUCGACAAGUGACAGUACCACUUCGCGAACUGCCAUGAAGUGUGGCAAGUGCUUAAGUAAUAGUUUUCCUGUGACAAGUGCUAAAUAGAAAGCUACCAUAAGAAUGAUGCAAGCUAAAAAUGAGGGCGAGGUGUCCAACAUGUGACAUAGUGGAUAAGAAGGUGUGGGACGACACAAGUCAAUGUGUACCUCCGCAAUGGCAGUGAUUAAGUGUGUAGAUCGUAUCGUGACAGACUUUCAAACACUCAUUGUUAGCGGAGCAGCAAACAAUUAGUCAUACUUGGCAGGGAAACCUGAGCAAAUGUGCUGAUCCUUCAUGUCACUAGCGACGCCUAGGACAGGUCAGGACGGCUCGCUGGCGAGGCGGUCACAGCACAAACGAGAUAGGGGUGGAAGAAUGUCAAAACUCCGAUAUUACGUCGUUAAGGUAUGCACUUCAUAGCGACUUCAAAGAAAAGAAGGGGCUAAAAAUGGAGAAGUUAACUCGGUUUAUUUUCAACGAGACGUGGUGCGAGUUUGUACAAAGUACAGAACACGGUGGGAAUGUUACGAGGCACAAGUGAACUGAACUCUUCCCCUCUUGUCGCCAUAUCAACGUGAUUGGCAGCUUGUCAGCGCUGGGGAUCAGAUGAUUGGGCCAAACGACACAAUGGAUUGGUCCACAGCCCCCCUAUCAGCUCACAAUGAAUAGUCUCCCCGCUCCCUAUAAAGCACGGUGUCAGUCCGAGAGUCGCUCGCAUGCCACUAGCUGGGUGCCACUGUUCCGCGUGCUUAGGGACUCUCCCGGACCGACGCCUCUGUAGCCAACACCAUCCACCACCAUGUUUUUCCACCAAACGCUAGUCUACACGAUUCUGCCGUUAGUUUACUGCAUGCAUAUGCACGCCAACGACGUCGACAUUGAGGUCCUGCAGUGGACGACAGGGGAAGAGGCAAACGUGAACAGCACCAGGGAGCGCCCGAGCGGGUCUUCGGUAGACGCGCCCCCGACCACCGGGUACCGGGAAGAGGCGACGCCGCCGGGCCCGGCAGAGACUUCCAAGUGCGGCGCGGCCUGCACGCGAGGACAGGAACGGGAGAUGCGAGUAGAAACCCUAAAAAAGCACAUUCUUGAUAAACUUGGUUUGAAGAGAUCACCGACCAUCCCCAGAAAUCGCACCCUUCCAAGUGCGCCUCCGAUGCAAAGUCUUCUCGAUCAAUAUGGAUUUUAUCCGGAUAGGUCAGGAAAUAUCGUAUCUGGAGAAGACAUUACACAAGCUUUCCAGGGAGAUUCUCCCGCCAGCUAUAACUACCACCUAGUGGAUACGGAGAGAAGACAUUAUGAAGAUGUCGCCGAGACAGAGACGGUUAUAACUGUCGCAACACCACCUCCAGUGGCGCCGUUCAACGAGUCUGGCUGUUGCUUCUUCAAGUUCGGUCGCCACGUCUCCAGAACCAAAGUGAACAAAGCGUUCCUGUGGCUGUACGUGAGAGCUGCAGAAAACAUGCAGUCCACAUCCAUCCCGCUUAAGAUCUACCGGAUCGCCCCGGCGUCGUCGUUCUACACGGAGCCGUACAAGAUUCUGAUCUCCAGCCAUAAGAUCACGGACGUGAAGCCGAACGAAGGCCUGUGGGUGUCGUACCCCAUCCGGGACCAGGUCCGCAGGUGGUUCCACAACCCGGCCGAGAACCUCGGCAUCGUCAUCGAGACUUCGGAGGCGGGGAAGGACCUCAUCGUGCUGGACCCCAAGCCCGGGGAGGAACCGAUGCAACCGUUCCUGGUGAUGCACACGCACGACCCCGGCACGGUGCGCAGGAAGCGGAUGGCGGGACUCAACUGCGAGCAGGACUCGAACGAAGAGCGGUGCUGCCGCUACCCUCUCCAGGUCGACUUCCGCGAGUUCGGCUGGGACUGGAUCAUCGCUCCCAACACCUACCAGGCCUACUACUGCGCCGGGGACUGCCCGCCCAUCUUCCUGCAGAAGUACCCGCACACGCACCUGGUCCAGCAGGUCAACAAGGCCGGCUCGGUCGGGCCCUGCUGCACUCCCACCAAGAUGUCCAACAUCUCAAUGCUGUACUUCGACGACGACGGAAACAUUAUUUAUGCUAAACUUCCCGACAUGAAAGUCGACAGAUGCGGAUGUUCCUAACUGGACAGUUGAAAA